UACACUGGACAGGACUCAACUGUUACGCAGGCAGGAUAUGUAUGUUGUUGCAGUUGCAGCCGCAACCUCCCUUCAGCCUGAAUGAGGUGUUUUCGCAUCAGCUACGGCCACUGGGAUCCGAGCGACUGAGGAGGAAGAGCGAAAGGAAGAAAGGUGACAGCCAACAGGCCUCUGAAGGUCGUCGUGUCGUCGGAUCAAUAGCCCCUGGGACAUGGCCGGGAGAGGGGAGGACCCCAGAGGCACAUGAGUCCAGGAUCUCGUCACCUGUAUGGCCUUGUGGAUCAGCAGGGUUGUGAGGGUUUACCAGAGCCAUGUCUCAGACUUGAGAACCAGCCUACUUUUGACCAGCAUGACCAAUAAGAAGGACCGCUCUGUGUCCGGAUGCACCACCACUGCCAGCUACUGGGCUACUGGACGGACUCAGUGAAGCUAUCACGAUAAGUGUCAAUAAGCCAGACCCAACUUCCUCCCUGACUCCAUCCACCCCCAACAGGAGAAUGCCCUCCGAGCCUCCUCUCGGUUCCCAGGAGCUGCUGACGGGCCAGAGGCUGUGUCAGUCCAAGUCGCACCAGGACUCCGUGCUCUCCGCCCUCAACCAGCAGCGCAAGGACGGCCUCCUCUGUGACGUCACACUGGUUGCCGGGGAGCAGAAGUUCCAUGCCCACAAGGCGGUGCUGGCAGCGUGCAGCGAUUACUUUAGGGCCAUGUUCAGCUUGAGUAUGAUGGAGAGUGAAGCAGACGAGGUCACCUUGCAGGGGGUGACUUGUGUGGGACUGAAGCACGCCCUUGACUUCGCUUACACAGGACAGAUUGUGCUGGAGCCGGGGGUGAUUCAGGACGUGUUAUCUGCUGGGAGCCAUCUGCAGCUGCUGGAGCUGCUCAGCUUGUGUUCCCACUACCUCGUACAGGAGCUGAGCAGUCUGAACUACCUGGACCUGUACAGGCUGGCUGACCUGUUCCACCUGCCGGCGCUGGAGGAGGCCGUGGUGGGCUUCCUGGUGGAGCACCUGGCUGAGCUGCAGCACUCCCACCAGGAGGAGGUGCUGUUGCUCCCCUACCGCCUCCUCAAGGAGGCGCUCAAGAGCGAUCGCCUCACCUCACUCAGUGAGGAGGAGAUCUGGCAGCUGGUGGUGCGUUGGCUGGAGCAGGACUGCCGUUGUGAGUACGCGGAGGACUUGCUCCAGCACGUGCGCUACGGCCUGAUGGCGCCGGCGGCGCUGCAGCACCUGGCGUCGGGCGGGCACCCGCUCCUGCGCGCCAGCCUGCUGGAGGAGGCCCUGGAGUACCAGCGCGCCACCUUCGCCCAGCCCCUGCGCCAGACGGCCCGCACGCGCCCGCGCUACCGCUCGCUGACCCUCUACGUGGCCGGCGGACGCAAGCGCGAGGUCAGCCGGGUGCGCGAGCUGCGCUACUUCAACCCGCCGGGGUCGGGGGGGGUGGGGACGCGCGUGCCAGGCGGCUCGGACUGGAGCGAGCUGGCGCCCAUGCCCGCCGGCCGGAGCCACCACUGCGUGUCCGUCAUGGGUCACUUCCUGUUUGUGGCGGGCGGCGAGGUGGAGCAGAGCAACGGGCGCACGUGCGCGGUGCGGAGCGCCUGCCGUUACGACCCGCGCGCCGACCACUGGACGGACGUGGCGCCCAUGAAGGCGUGCCGGGAGCACUUCGUCCUCGCCACGCUCGGGCAGUUCCUCUUCGCCGUAGGCGGGCGCAACGAGCUCCGGCAGGUGCUGCCCUCCGUCGAGCGCUACUGCCCCAAGAAGAACAAGUGGACCUUCGUCCAGCCCUUCGACCGCUCGCUGUCCUGCCAUGCCGGCUGUGUUGCGGACGGACUACUCUGGGUGUCAGGCGGAGUAACAAACACAGCCCAGUAUCAGAACAGAUUGAUGGUGUACGACCCUCUUCAGGACCAGUGGUCAGCGCGUAGCCCCAUGCUGCAGCGGCGUGUGUACCACGUGAUGGCCGCCGUGAGGAGGCAGCUCUACGUCCUGGGCGGCAACGACCUGGACUACAACAACGACCGCAUCCUGGUGCGCAACAUCGACUGCUACCACAUCGACCACGACCAGUGGACGCGCUGCUCCUUUAGCUUACUCACAGGCCAGAACGAGGCAGGGGUGGCGGUGCACGAGGACCGGAUAUACGUGGUGGGAGGCUACUCCAUAUGGACCAAUGAACCUUUGGCCUGCAUUCAGGUGCUGGAUGUGAGUUCCGAGGGGAAGGAGGAGGUGUUCUACGGCCCCAGUCUGCCCUUCGCCUCCAACGGCAUCGCCACCUGCUUCCUACCUGCGCCACACUUCUCCUGCCCCGACCUACAGACUCUACAGGUUCCUCAUCACAGGAUAGGAACGCUUUAACACACACACACACACACAUCAUGCACGCACACACACACAUACACACACACACACACACACACACACACACACACACACACACACACACACACACACACACACACACACACACACACACACACACACACACACACAAACACAAACAUACAUACACACAA